AUGCGAGCGAGACAAUCCGAGAUAGCAGCUAUAGGCGACCUAACCAACACCCUGAAAGAAAGAGACAGACUUAAAACUAAAUUGGAAGAGAGUAGAAUGAAAGUUAUAGAUUUAGAGAUAGAGCUUAACGAAUCUUCGCUUAUACUAUCCGAAAUCCUCAAAAUAUCAGACAGCCAAGAGCUGAAUUGCAUAAAGAAAAGUAAAAGUUUUUUCGAACUUCAAAAGAGUGGUAAGGUAGUGGAUAGGCUUGAUAAAUGCAGAUUUAGCAGAAGUUACAACGAUUUGAUCAAUUUACAUAAAGACAACAACAUACUUGUACAGUCAAAUGUUUGCAAAUUGACAAGAAAAAUAGCGAACCUCACUAAGGAGAUAGAAGUAAAGAAUGAUAAAAUCAUAGAACAGCAAAGAUGUAUAUCUAUUUUAGAAGACGCCUUGAGAGAGAAUAAUAACAUAGCAGAGUUUGAACAAUUACUAGCUGUAGUCAGAAGUAAAGAUGAGAGGAUAAGUGAAUUAGAGCAAGUUUUGAACAAAAACCCCAACGCAAUAACUCCAGUUUACAAUGAUAAAAGAAUACUGGAAUUAGAAGAAGCUCUAAAGGAAUCGUUUUUGAUAGCAGCUGAGAGAGAGAAAGUUUUUUACGAAGAGGAACAGAAGAGAAUUGACACAUUACAAAAGAUGAAGAAAAUGCAGCAACGCAUACUUUCACUGCAGAAUGCAUCGGUAAUGAACUGCAAAACAUGUUCAGCAGUGUUGAAACGACUGAAGCAACUCGAGGAGUCCCUUCAGAAUUGUCAGGCGAAGAGGAGCAUGGUACUGCGGCAUCUUUCGCAUGUAAUACACGACCUACUCGAAGGAGCGAUCAGUGAAAAAGACUCACAGAUAGCAGAGCUGGAAGUGAAAGGAGUCCUAGAUGAGAACGAGACGAAGACAUGCGAUGAGCUCAAGAGUGAAAAGGAUAAACUGCUCAAUAGACUUAAGGUUGAGAAUGAACAAAUAGUGGAGUUCGAACGCGGUUCCAGCGAGCCGGUCGCGCGCCGCGGCUCCGAGCCCGAGCUGACGCUGGCCGACGAGCUGCUCGCCGUCUGCGACGAUGAUGUAAUUGUCUGGGAAGAGGACAUCCCGGCAACCGUUCUGUGACGUCACAAAGCUAAGUCUAAUCGUAACUUUGUUGUGGCCUCAUCAUCACCUCACACCACCCGCUACCUUACCAUUGCUUAUCACUAGCCUUUAUCACCAAUUCAAUUUAAGAAAAAAAAAACUCCCGCUUGCAAUCUCUAGUUUACGCAUCGAGGCUGUAUAGUUCAAGACCUUUGCCUGUAAUAAAGAGGAGAUAUUACUUUUAAUAAAAAACAACCACCAAUUCGCGUUCAAAAACCGCCGUACGACCAAAGACAAUUUUUUUUCUUUUAUUAUUGUUAAAUGUUCCUAAAUAUAAAUUUUCUUUUUCAAUUUCCUUUAUUUUUUCUUAAUACUUAGUUUUCGUAAUAGUAAAGGUCUCAAAGACGUAAACACACAGAUUCGAUUGAUAUGGAACCAAGUUUAAUAAUAUUUUAUAAUUUAUAGAUAUCCAAUUGUUAAAUUAUAAUAAAAAAUGUAUACCUAUAUAGAGCAAUAAUUUAAUCUUCUAGAAAAAGUAUGUACACUCAGUGUCUAUUUUUAUCCUAAUAAAAAAGUAAUUAAAUGAACAUUUUUUACGGCUUCCUAAUUAUUAUUAUUAUUUAAAAUUACCUCCUAAUCUUGUUAUAUUGUUUUAGAAUAAAUAUUAAUUAUUAAGUUAUUGUUUUAUUGGGUGACUGGGUGUAACCUAUACCCAUUGUCCUUUCCAAAUGAUAAUAGUUAUUGUUAUUUACUUAAAAUAUAUAGUUAUUACUCAAUAAUAUAGAUGCGUACCAAAGAGUCAGACCUAGCGCAGGCAACCGAUUGUAAUCUAUCUAUAAAAAAAUAAAACGACAUUUUUAACACAAACACUUUAUAAAAUUAGUAAUUACAUUAUUAAAUGUAUUAUAAUAUUUCAGUUACGAGUACAUUAACAAAUCCGCUGUAUAUCCGUUAUAUCUACAUACCUCAUGCCAAAAGUAAUGGUCAAGUUAUUAGAGUAUGCAAAAUCAGAACGCGGUCAUCAAAUAAAUCGGUGAUUGAAUAAAAUCGGCUAUUGAAGAAAAUCGGUGAUUGAAUAAAAUCGAUGAUUGAUAAUCGGUGGUCUGCGUUAACUUACACGUUUAUGUUAAAGCAAUUUUUCAAGGCUUAGCUAGUAUGUUUAGUGAAACACAAUUUUGUUUACAAUAUGGAACUGCAAAUAAUUAAAAAUACUCAAGUAGUUUUUUGUAAUACUUUUACAUAUCAAGCACAAAUUAUGGCCUCCGAAGCGAACAGUUGGCAUAUCAUUACUUUAUAAAUGGCAUAGACGUAUAGAAUGAAACCAAAUUUGCCGUAUUAAGACUUGGACUCUGGAAUUUUCAUUAAAACCUGUAACUCAACUUCAAACCGCGGGAAAAUAGAAUUGCUGAACUUUUUAGGCUGCGUAAAUUGUCAUAAAAACAUUUCUUCUGAAACGUCUUUGAACAAAUGUGCCGAAUAAUUUAACUUUUAAAAUGGGUCACAGUCCACUACAUACAGUAGACCAGUAUCCAAGUUCUUAGUUGUAAUUUAAUCAGACAUUAAGGCCACAUUUGCACUAAUGAAUACUUAUUCGGAUUAUAUUGACUCAAUUCGAUAGUGUGCACUUUAUGGGGAAAUAUGGCAGGCGGGAAAAAGUCGCAGAUUUAUUUUAAAUAUUUUUCGCCGUUUCAGGGACGCUGAUAAUUCUGGUUAUACAGGAUAUACCACAGUUCAAUUGCCUAUAUUUAGAUAAGGCCUUACUGUAAAAUAUCAAUUUUGGCAAUAAUAAUAAUUACUAAUAUUGGCCUAAUAGACGAAAUUAGCCCAAGAAAAUUUCUGAAAAAAAGAUACAAAAUUUUCAUUUAUCGUUCUAAACUCUAAAGCUUGUCAGUAGCUACUAAACAAAAAACCGACUGGAAAAAACAGAAGAAGAAAAACUAAUUAUGCUGAACUAUUUUGUCCAUUACUAACCCGUUAUCCCUGUCAAACUUGUACGGCCUACAUUUUAUAUGUCUAUGAGAUUAGUACGCUAUCGUAUAGAAACAACGCCUUUACACUCGACAAAAGCACUGCCUUAUAAAAUAAGGAAAUUGAUUUUGUUUAAAUGUGAGAUGUGAUUUUGAUAGCUGAACGUCCGCUCAUUGUUAAACACGUUGAAUGAAAGUUGUUGAAAACUUUUGUGAAUUCGCGGGAAUAAAUAGCCACUUUCCGUUUCGGCAGCUGAAUACCGUAUUUUAUAUCGAAUAUGUAUCUUGAGCUUUUAUAUAUGUCUUUACAACUGCAUCGCGUUUGUGAUGCGAUGAUCGGCGUGUAAGAAAUCCAAUUUGUGAAUAUUAUUUACUCCUAAGUAUUUGACACGGAAUAGUUAAUACGAACAGUGGUUACAAUUCAUACGAAAAUGUCAAUGUGCAUAGUAUUAUUUUAUUAAGUUUUAAGAAUAAAAAACAGUGGUAUUUCUAUUCAUGCCAGUUUAUUCGUAACUGUUAUUAAAUUCAUGCCUUAACCAUUAAGCUUAACAAAUCAAGAUAAUAGUGAGAAAAUUUUAAAAAUAAAUUGUAAUAAUUCUUCUACAUUGACUAGAAAUCGUAUAAAGUUGACCUACUGUUAGUAUCUAAACUGUGGUAAUAAGUUUAGCCUAGUCAAAUUAAAUCCUUAAUAAAAUGUUAUUAUAAUAUCAUAUUUUUAUUAUUGCUGUUUUAGGCAAAAGCUUUAAAUAACGCCAUUUUCCCAAUUUCAUAAAUUGGAUUUUAUUGGAGCCGAAUUAUAAUAAUAACAUCGAAAGAUCUCAAUUUAUGCUAUUUUACUAUUACAAGGACCAUGGCCACUUUCUCAAUAAUAAUAGUUAGUAUAUGUGUAAAGCUAUGAAAAUAUUACAUAAAAACUGAUUACGUAAAGCUUAUAAUUAAUCUUUUGAAAUAUCUAAAUUUCCGUUCUGAAACGAUCAUUAGAAAGUCUUUUUUUGUAACAGUGGGUUAUCAGUUUUCGGGUCCAAAAUGGCCAUCGUCCUUCUUAGCCGUUAAGCUGUCAAUUCUUCAACAAUUAUGCUGGAAAACUAAAUAAACAGUUUAAAAUAAUAAAUGGAGUUGGCAAACUGGCUUUUUAUACUUGAUACAUGUCGCUGAAACUUAGUAGGUAUAUUGUAUUAAUGGUAGGUUGGGCAUAGACAAGCUGCAAGGCUCCGUUGAAAUCGGAAUUUCGAAUGUGUUCGAAUUUUAAAUUUAAAAAAAUCCGUUGUCAACUCAGCGUUGCAGCUUAAUUUUUUGUAUUGAAUCAAGUGUGUAGAAAAUUGUAUGAUCACAAUAAUAAUGGUAUUAAAAUGAUAUUAGUUACUUGUUAUUAUUAUUAUAAUGGUAUUAAGCCGUGGGUCGCUGUUUCACACGUUGUAUUGACCGAAACUAUGCUGAAAAUAUAAGGUACAUGUUCUUUGAAAAUAUAAUAUCUUCAUAUAAU